GGCAAAUUGAAUAGAUUGAAUAAUUGACUGAUUACAUUAAUCAUAUCAGUACACGUAAUGAUUCAAAUAUUUGUAAAAAAAUUUUGGUACUAGUUAUUUGUGAGCAAGAUGCGCUGGUUUUACUUUUUAGGGCUUUUUGCAGGAUUUUUGCAUAUUAAUGCCGAGAUAAUUGUCACAACUCCAAAUGGAAAAAUUCGAGGAAGAGAAGAAUAUUCUCAAAGGGGAAUAUCGUUUUAUGCCUUCCAACAAAUACCUUUUGCCAAACCACCUGUGGGAUCAUUGAGAUUUAAAGCUCCUGUACAAGCAGAACCAUGGGAUGGUAUUUUAGAUGCUACAAAAAAUGAUAGGUUAUGUUUUCAACAAACAAAUCAGUUUCCAGGACCAGAUAUAACGCCCCUUCAAAACGAAGAUUGUCUGUAUCUAAACGUAUACACUCCAGUGGAUCCAUCAAAAAAUGGUUCUCUUCCAGUCAUGUUUUACAUAUACGGUGGAGGAUUUGUUAACGGAGCUAACAACUUUGAUUACCAUGGUCCCCAUUAUUUAAUGGAAUAUGGUGUGAUCAUUGUCAAUGUUAAUUAUCGUGUAGGUCCUUUUGGUUUCCUUGCAACUGGAGAUACCGUCAUACCUGGUAAUAAUGGAUUAAAAGAUCAACUACUCGGUUUAAAGUGGGUACAAGAAAACAUUGAAUAUUUUGGAGGAGACAAAACUAAAGUGACCAUUUUUGGUGAAAGUGCAGGUGCAGCAUCGGUGACGUAUCAACUUAUGAGUCAGAAAUCUCAAGGUUUGUACAGGGCUGCCAUUGCACAAAGUGGAUCUAUUCUCAGUCCAUGGACCUUCGAAAGAAACUAUCGUGACAUAGCUUACGGUUUGUCUACUAAGCUAGAUCCUACCUUUGAUCCAAAAGCUAGUUCCCAAAAAUUACUGGAGUUUUUGCAAAGCAAAACUGCAAAGGAAAUUAAUGACGCAGCCAAAGCUAUGAUGUCGCAAGCAGAUAUUAACAACCAGAUCGUCCAAGGGUUUCAAUUCACUCCAGUCAUCGAACCCAACCACGACGAUGCUUUCAUAACGAAAAGAAUGUACGAAGCACUAGUUAACGGAGAAAUGCAAAGAGUUCCUCUCAUAUUAGGAAUUUGUUCGGAAGAAAUGAUCUGGAGAGCCCUAGAUCCCGAAUCAUUCAAAUGGACUGCUAGUUCAAUGGACAGUAACCUUAGCUCGCUGGUUAAUGACAAUAUGCAUAUAGAAGAUGCAUCCCAGAAACAAACUGUAGGAGCUGCUAUAAGAAAGGUGUAUACCGAUGGGUUAUUUAUAGAUAAAAUUGGAAAUGCUGUGGAGUUUUUUAGCGAUACGUCAUUUGGAAGACCAAUCAUUCAUCAUGCCAAGAAACAAUCCCAGUUUAGUGACGUUUACUUCUACCAGUUUUCUUACUACGGAACCAUUCCAGGAGUGCGACCUUACAUAGAGGGUGCCUACAAAGUAGCACAUUCAGAUGACAACAAUUACAUUUGGGUUUCACUGAACAAUUCUAACUUGAAUACAUAUCCCGAAGGAGACGUUUUGGCCAGUGAACGUUUUCUCACCUUAUUUACAAAUUUUGCAAAAUCUUUGGAUCCUGUCUCUGAAAACACUGAACUGUUAGGGAUAACAUCCUGGCCGAAGGUAAAACCAAACGACUUCCAUUAUUUGGAUAUAAACGAAACUUUGACAAUAAAAAAAGAUUUGAAGAAAGACGUAUAUGAAGGAUGGGUAAAUGUAUACGAAAAUUAUGCGGUGAAACCGUACGACACAUUCUAAAAGUAUACUGUAGUAGGUAGUAGGUACAUGCAAUUAAAAAUAUUAUUAA